CUCCGCCGCCGUGAUCGCCUCCUCCAAUGUGCCUUGUUCGCUAGAACUUAGCCUCCACACACCUGUGUGGGAGGAGGAACUCACGCUUCCAUUUCAUUCAUUUUGAUUCGUUCUUGUUUUGUUCUCCGGUUGAUUCCUUCUCCCACAGGGAAUCGUUUCGAUAUUUGAUUUGAUUCGAAUCGGUUUUGAUUGUUUUUUUUAGGGUUUUUUAAUCUUUUUUUUUUUUUUUUUUGUUUGUAUGGAGGAAGUCGAAGUAUUGAGAAAGGAGUAAGGGAUUUGAGUUUUUUUAAAUUAAAAUCUCUCAACGAUUUACAAUGUCAAAUACGAUUAUGCUUCGUCCGCCAUCGUCGAACCGUCGUCAACCAUUGUUAGCGAGCAAAUCUGCUUCCGGAAGUGUUCGGUUCGCGGAGGUGGCUGGUGGAACGACGGCGGAGUGUGCUGCUGUGUGUUGUUGUUGUCCUUGUGUUGUUAUAAACUUUCUCGUUCUCGCCAUUUACAAGGUUCCGGCUGGACUCUGCCGUCGUGCGUUGAGGACAAAGCGACGGCAGAGGUUGAAGAAAAAAGGAGUUAUUCCGGCUAGGCGUGGACGGUACUCUUAUGGAGGGUAUGAUGAGACGGAUAUUCAGAUACUUUCGGCCGGUAAAUCGUUGUACUCGUCGGAGCCGAGAGGGCAGCAAGCGGAGGAAACGGAAAGAAAAGUGAUGGAACUGGAAAAAGAGAUGUGGGAGAUUUUUUAUAGUACUGGAUUUUGGAGAAGCCCUUCACGGAGAAAUCAAACUUCGAUCUCUCAAUAAAAAAAAUGAUUUUCAUGACGAUUCUCCUCCUCCUCCUCCUCCUCCUUCUUCUUCUCUCUCAACCUUCUCUUCAAAUUUUCCCGGAAAAACAAAAGGAAAAGGGAAAAAAAAAAAAAAACAUUGUUGGUUCUGUGGUUUGAUGAUUUGGAAAUGGUGGCGGCGGGGUUUUCUUCAUUUCUCGAUUGUUUUCCGAAUUUUAUUUUCUUUGAGCAUUCAAGUUCUUCAUUUGUUUA